GAGAGAGAACAGAUGAAGUCAACGAAUCCGUCGGUACACAUAUUUGACUCUAUCUGACUUUUCUCAUAACGAUCCCGCCAUGAGCGCUGAUGCAUAAAGGAGGACAUGUAAGGAUUUUUUGUUGUUGCUGUUAAGUAUAUUUAGUUUGGCUACGGCAGAAGGCAGUGGUGCACAACGUCUCUCUCGAAUGAACUGAUGACUUCUGUGACCGCCAAAGCAAGCAUUCGGAAGGGAUUGUUCGUGAGCAGCAGCAGCUCACCUGACUGUGCGCGUACGGAGGGUAUUUUUUUUCCUGCCUUUGUUUCCCCUUCGCAUUACAUCAGCUUACAAUUCAAAAAGAAAAACACAUGACACGCGUGCACACUACCCACCCCCAUCUCGCUCUCGCUCCCUUUCUCCGAAGAUGUACCACGAGUACACACACACAAUCGUUUGCACACACACACACACACGCGCACACCAGCACACCCGCAGGCUCCCAUCAAAGUUGAAUGGGGGCGAAACGAGGGAAGGGAAAGAACAAUACGUAUCACAAACCGCCCCGUCUAAUCGCCGUAAAUCAAAACGGCCAGAACUCUCUCUCUUCUUUCUUCCCUUUUACUCUUUGUUUUCUGGGAGCUUGCGAAAGGAAUGAUUGAAUGUGAAGUAUGGUUUGAAUGGAAUCUACGUGAAUAUCAUCUUCGGGGACUCCUUUCUACUUUCUUCUCCUUUUCCACGGACAGUCUUCGACUUCCGCCUUGUUCUCUCUUCUGUUCGUUUUCCCGCCCACCCAGGCCCACUCCGCCCCGCUUUGAGGGCGGACUAAUCUUGUUUUGAAGUCUGCCACUGCGUUAGUCUUGGUUCCCGUUCCACGUGAAAAAGAUACUAAUAAAUCAAUCAAUAUGAUAUGUUGCUGUCUUUCGAAAACUAAUGUUGUUGUAAAUGACCCCGAGUGAUCGUGAGGGUCGUGGUUUAUCCCUGUGCUGAACAUAGAAGUUAAUGGAGAGGAAAAACCAAAACGCCAUUCUUCUACCUCGUUUCUUUCUACUAACUUUUAUCUCUCCCCCUUCUCCAUCUCAUCCUACAAGCAUAAACAAUUAUUCUUGUCUUGUUUACGCCUGGGCGGUGCGGGCGGGGCAGUACCAGAGCGCCUUCCACACAAAUCUCUGUCUGUGUUUGCUUGUGCGUGUUUUUUCUCACUUCUCUUCCUCCCUCUUCGCGGUAAUGGAACCGACGCAGUGGCGGGUGCGUAGCGGUAAGUUCGCACUUCAUUGGCCGCAGCUCGUGCACCACCACCACGCAGCCGCAACGUCCCCAGCACCCGUAAACGGAUCCGCUGAAGCGGCGACGGAGUCCGACGCCGUCUCUACCGUCGAAGGAGGCACCGCAGCAGCGGCCGGGGCGGCGGCCCUGCUCGACUACGCACAGCAGUGGUUGGACCUCCUGCCCACACCUCCUCCUGCAGAUCGGGUUGCAAACUCAAACGAUAGUACCACGUUCACUAUGGCAGCGAAGGAAGAGGAGGAGGCGGGGGCGUCACGGUCUGCUGGCGCGCCGUGUAGUGACGACGACGCCACGAUGGAAGCGACAGGGUCCGUAAGCCCGGUUGCGAUGCUGAACGCGCUGCUCGUGAGUAUUGUACCGGCCACCGCACCUCCCUCACCCAGUUCGCCGCCGCCGCCGCAGCAGCAGCAGCAGCCGGCCACAUGGGCGUCUUCCUUUUCCGUACCACCACCAGCAGCGGCGGCGGCGCUGUUAGACGCAAAGGCAGACAGCGCAACACUCACGAUGACGACACCGGUCCCCAUCGUGGGUGCAGACAAGACGUCGUUGUCCGACGUCGGUGCGAUGGCAGCACUGCUGCUGCGCCACAGCAAAUGGCUCGCCUCGGGUGUCUCGCACGCGGCCGGUGCGGCGCCGCGACUUCCCUCAGUGGGUCUCCUCACACACGCCUAUCACCACGCGUUGGCGCCGGCCUGCAUCUCGUCAUCGUCUAUGUUGUUGGUGCGCGCUGCGAAUGCGGGUCCGCCGGGGACGCACCACUCCACGGACGGGUCGCCUUCCUCAGUCGUCCUUCCGACGAGUCGAUUUCCCUCCCUUCCGGCGUCGUACCGCGGCUGCCUCGUGCUGCUGCUCUUUCACGGUGUGCGUCCGGUGCGGCGGUGGGCGCGCGACACGCUUCUAAGCCUCCUGUGCGCCUCCCCCGCAGCCGCCGGCGCCGCCCGCACACCUGCAGCAGCUUCCGCGGCGGAGACGGAACUUUCCUCGCUCCUUGUCUUUGCUCUGCAGCUGCUUUGCACGCUCAAGCACGUCGGCGUCCUACCCGGAGUCAUCCCUUUCACGGCGCCACAUGCGGUGCCGCAGGACGGCCCUGCCGAGGAGGAGGGGGUAAUGGUCGUCGCGCAGGAUCGUGUGCAGACAAUCAUGGAGGGCGUCUUCCACCUUCUCACACUCCUCACCGCGUGGGAGGCGCGAUUUGCUGCCGCGAUGGAGGCGUGGGGCACCGCGCCCGAGCAGAUGAUCUCCGCAACGGCAACUACAGAAACAGCAGCAGCAGCAGCAGCAGCCUCGGAGGCGAAAACGGCGUCUUCGUCGUCGCUCGCUGCGUUGCUGCGCCGCUGUCGGGCGACGGUCGUGCUGCUCGGCGGCAGUCUCGUCCUUCACGGCGUGCAGGCGCUGCACGAGUCCCUCUGGCGUGGGGUGAUGGAGGCGUUGGAAAGCCGGCGUCGUGCCCGCCCCCUCUCAACCGGCGGCCUCGCAAAGCUAGACCCGAAGCAGGCGGCCGAGACAGCCAUGUCACACCUCCUUCGUCCUCUUAAUGACCUCUUCACCGCCAACCCGGCCAUGCCUAGAGCCGUGUCUGUCGCUGCCCUGACUAUCAAAAAGACGCUGGUGAAGGUGCUGGUGCACUGCCUGCUGGACAACGCGAGCGGCCUCGCCAGCAGCCGGGAGGAGGAGGCGUGGCGUCGGACGCGGUUGGAGUGGCUGUGGAAGUUUGCGGCGGCGCUUGAGCCGCCGACGGCGCGGGUGGCGGCCCCUUUGCCCGGCGACCGAAGGGAGAUCAGCAACGAUGGAUCCCGUGCACCGCAGACGGCCGCAGGGCCCGCACUCGAUGGGGUGGUGAACUCCGCGUGGGUGCCGGCGAAGACGGCGGGGUGGCUGCUGCAACCGCUGCUGAAGAAUGCCGCGCAGCAGCUGCAGUGGGCAAGUGCCAUGGCGACGGCCAAGGGGAAGCCGCUGAACGCGUCGCACGACGUCGCGGCGGCGCGGGUCGCCGCGGAGUCCGUCGCGGUCCUUGACAAGGCCGUCUACGGGCUGUACCUCCUCCUUGACUCGGCGGUCGCGGCGCUGCCCUCGCUGCUGGCGACACGUUACUUCCACGACACGGUUGCCGCGCACGAGUCGCAGCUGCUCACGCUGGCCAUCGGCGGCGUCGUGCACACCCGCACGCUGCACGCACUGCGGCUGCACCGUCUUUUGUUCAAGGUGGACGUGCGCGCCUUCGCGGCGGCGGCGGCGGUGCGGGAGCCGUGCCGUCAGACCCCGCCUUCCUCCGACAGCAACAGCGACGGUGCCGGCACGGGCGCCAACAACGGGCACAGCAGCAUCCGCAGCAGCCCUUCCCCUUUCACGGAGGUCCCGGCUGUGUGCCUGCAACGGGUGUGGCUAACGCUGCCCACCCUCGUCACGCAGGUGUGCAAAACCUCACUUGUCGGGGCCGGCAGCGCCGCCGCCACGCGGCUCCCGCUUCCGCAGGUGCUGGCACAGCUCUGCGCGGUUCUCACAGAACUCGUGGAAGACGACGCCGCGCCCUGUGCGCAGUGGCUGCUUCUGUCUCCUGGGGAGGCGAUGUCGGCCGCACCCCCGCCCUUUCAGUGGGUCGUCCAACGCUGCCUGCGCACCAUGAGUGAGACGCUGCGGGACCAGCAGGACAUGCUCGAGAAGACGUGGUUGGGCCUGCCGUGGGGCGACAUGGCGGCGGCAGUCGCCCCGGCGGUGAUCCGCGAAGCCGCCGUGGCCGCCGCGUCUCGGGCGCUGACGGAAGCGAAGGCGCUGCUGCGGUUUAUCUCGGUGGUGCCCUUCGCCGCCGCCGCGGAUGCCGACGGUGGCCUUCGCCGGCUGGGCGAGCAACUCGCGGCGGUGUUCUGCGUGGGGGUCACGAAUGCCGUCGACCGCUCCUUGUCCACCGAGGCGGCGGAGUGGGUCUGGCGCCACGUCGUGCUCGUCCAGCCGGCCCUCGCGACGGCGCUUCCGUGGGACGUGUCGAGCCCAUCGGUGGCGAACACCGCACGGGCGCAGGGUUGGCAUUGGCUGACGCUGCUCGCCGAGUGCCACUGGUCACAGCUGGACGACGGGAUGGUGCGGUGCGGGUGGUGGAUGUGCGCGCUGCUCGCCGACGUCGUCGCGUUGAACGCGGAGCAGCGCCGCGUACUCGCGGAGGCGGUGGUGCUCGCGCUGCCGACAACGCCGAUGCUGCGUGCAGGAGCGGCGGCAGGCGGACCGCCGACGCAUCCUCAUCCCUCCUUCAGCAGCGAGAAGGGUGGCCGCGUAGAGGGCAACGCGGAGGAGUCGAGUGCGCACGACGCGGGCAAAUCGCCGGAGUACGCGCGACAGGAGGCGCGAGAGAAAGAUGAAGGCGCCCGUCUCUACGCCGUGGUCCAGCACCUCUUCCUCAGCGUUCUGCGCAAGGCCGAGACGUACCCGCGGACCUCGCUCGACCGCCUGCUGCUGCACAUCAGCGACGCCCUCCCUCCGGCGCGUGUGGGGCGUGACACCGCCUUUCACCGCCUUACGCAGCCCCUGCUCGUGCGGCUGUGCUCUCGCCAGCCGGAGGUGCAGCAGAGUCUGUCGGCCAACGCCGCGCCGUGGCUGCAGGAGUGGACGGCGGCAGCGCGGCAGAGCGUGACGGCGUGCCUGGCGGAGCAGGAGCGGCGCUUCCGGCAGUUUGAAAUCGAAGAGGAAACGCUGGAGCGCGACGAGGAGAACGCGGCGCGGCUGGCGGAAUGGGCGGGGCGGCUGCGGCAGUCGAAUGAGCGGAAGCGCGUGAAGGAGAUGGACGAGGAGCGGCGAUCGAGUGCGACGGCGUCCUCCUUGGCGAGCCGCACGAACCUGCCGGAGAGCGAUCCUACUUGUUUGAACCGAAUGGCGGGCACAUCGGGGAAGGCGGGGGGCAAGGGAGACGUGGUGAUGGCGGCGGCGCCGUCGUCGUCGUCCCGCCAGCUUCGACAACAACGUUUGUUUCCAGACCGGCCACUGCAGUUGCCGCCACCGACACAGCAGCAGCAGUGCAUCGGUGUGAAGCGGGAGCGCUCCCCAGCGUCGCCUGCUCCUCCAUCAACGGAGGGACGCAGCCCCACAGAUCAACGCGAGCACGGCACGAAUGCGCAACGGAGCAUGCAGCAGCCCGCCGAGGCGCUAGAGGUGGUGAUCGUCGACGACGAUGAUGCGGACGUGGUCGAGUUUGAGGUAGACAGCGACAUGGAAGAAGUGGUGGCAACGGACAGGGCCAUGCUGGGCCGUCUCCUGCGUGCUUCCCCUCCGACUCCUCCUCCGGCUCCUCUCAAGGCACCGAGAACAACUGAGGCGACCGCCUCGACUGGUGGUAGGCAGGCAACGGUCCCUGCCGCACCGCCGCCGACCCGCCUUCAGCAACGACUGCAGGCGAUCAACGCUCGCAACACCCACCGCGUCCACCACGCCGCGCAGCUGCGAGCGCUGCAAGACCGCCUCUGCCGUGUGGCGGCGAGCACGAACCUGCUGCGCCUGCAACCCCCUCUCCUCAACGACAUUAUCGGGUCGGACUCGCAGUGCAUGGCGCCGACGGUGCCGGUGCUGCCGGAGGUGUUCGUCUCGGCCACGGCGGUGCUGGGCGGCGUGUCUGCCAGCAACACCUCCGUCGCCAUGCCAUUCGGUGAUGCAGCGAGCGCAUACGCGGCUCGGUUUGCCCCGCACAUCGCGUUGGAGCUGCGGUGCGACGUGGUGCGGAACUACGAGGAUUUCAUCGAGCAGGCAGGCAAGACGCCACCGCACGGCGAGAAUCGCAAUGGUGCUCCCCACUGCAACAGCUACAACUACUACUACUGCAACAACAGGAAGAGGAAGAAGGGCGGUGGCAGGCACAACGGGUACAACGCCGUUGCACCACCACCGCCAUUCGACGCAGCCACACCUGCUGCCGGGGCAGGACCCCUCUCAUGGACGCAGCUGCUCCCACUACACCCGAGCAUUCCCCUCACCUGUUUCGCCGUGCACCACAGCGGGGCGUCGCGGUCGAAGAGCGCGCCCGACAACAGCGGCGACUCCCUCCGCUUCUGUUUUUCAAUUCGCGCCUCUGCCAACCGGGCGGUACAUCAGCAAUGGGCCCCGCGAUACUCGGAGGAGCAGAACAGCGCAUCGUCACCAUGGCCGCCACCACCACCGCCACCCGUUGACCCGGCGGUGCGCUCGGUCGCCGAGCAAGGCCUCUCCGCGGGUCUUGCGGAGGGCGACGUCGUGGUGGUGCUUCUCCCUCUGCACGCACUUGGUGCGGCGUGGGUGGAGCGGCGGCUGGGCGUCAUCCUCGCGUCGCUUUCCGAGUGGGAGCAGGCGGCACGGGUGCAGGAGGCGCUGUCGCAGCUGCCAGACAGCUGGCGGAUGCUGGGCUGCCUUCCGCAGGUCUGCUACGUGCAGUCCCUCCUGCCUGGCGAGCGGACGGCGCAGCUCUGCGCGUACCAGCCGGUGGAGGCGCGCGAUUUGCCGUCCUCCGUUCCUCCGCUUCGCUUUCUGCACGCCUGGCACGCGGCCUACAGCAACCCGCAGAACGCCUUUUACGUGAAGAAGCUGACGUCGCUGAACUCCUUUCAGAUGGAGCUGGCGGCGCUGCACUCCAUUGACCACACGCGCUUUGCCGCCACCCUGUACGACCCGUGCUACGCCGCCCCCCUCAACGCGGUUUUCUACGAGUGGAUCACCGGUUUGCUGACGGCAACCGGCCCGGCGCAGCGGCCGCUGCUCGCCCAACUCUGUGCCCGCCUGCUGCUACGGCGGCAGCUGAACGACUGGCAACUGCGCGCCAUCAUCGCCGUGCUCUACGCCACCUGCGAUGACUGGGAUGGGGGGGACGCGCAGCGCUGCCUCGGUGGGUCGGCUCCGCGAGCGCCGGAGGUGCUGCUGAUUGAAGGGCCGCCCGGCACCGGCAAGACGCAGACCAUCGCCUCCUUGACGCUGAACCUGCUGCACCACCUGAAUCGACGCAGCGGGCCCACUGCACGGGUGCUGGUCUGCGCCCCGUCCAACUGCGCCGUGGACGAGGCUCUGCUGCGCGUCGUGCACCUGCGGGAGCAGCUCGUCAAGUCGACGAACGCAUACGGCGGCGCGGUUGGUUCUUGCGCCCCGUCCCCCUCCACCUCCGCCUCGUCGUCGUCGCCAGCAGCGGACGGGGAGCCGCGCCCUUCCUACGACGUCCUGUCGGGCGGUAUUUUGCGCGUCGGCGUGAAGGACCGCGUCGACGCUGCGGUCUUGCGGCUUGCCCAGCCGGUGUUCCUUGACGAUGUAGUGGAGCAGUGCAUGACGCGUGCGGUGAGUGGCCGCGGAGGUCGGGCGGAGGCGGCGUCGACGAAACGGAUGAGUGAGCGCAACGCCAUCCGUGCCAGCACCAUUGAGUCAGCGUCCAUCAUCUUCUCGACGUUGGGCUCGCUGCACCACAUCCCUCGACAGGUGCAAGGGCUGACCUUUGAUGUUGUGAUCGUGGAUGAGGCCUCGCAAGGCACGGAGCCGGCGGUGCUGCAGGCCCUCGUCCUCGCACGGAGCAAGUGCGUGUUGGUCGGCGACUCGAAGCAGCUGCAGCCCACCAUCCUCUCCAGGGACGCGAGUCGGUGCGGCCUGCGUCGCAGUCUGCUGGUGCGCAUGCUGGCCUGCGGGCACAAGUCCUUCCUGCUGCGCACGCAGUACCGCAUGCACCCCGACAUCUGCGCCUUCCCAAACGCGUACUUCUACGACUCGAAGCUGGAGACGCACAGCAGCGUACACCUGCGUGCUCGCGGCAGCGACAACGAGGGCACCGGCUUGCUGAGCGACGACGUGGCGUCUGCAGCGGCUACAGCGCACGAUCCGGCCAACUUGGCCAUCGCGCAGCGCCUCGGCCAGAGUCCGCGUUUCGUCUUUGCUGAUGUUCCAGCUGCAGUGGUGGAGCGUCGUCGUGGUCGAUCCUUGUUUAACAGGAAAGAGGCGGCGGCUGUGGUCCAGUACAUGCGGCAGCUGCGCACCUUUCUGCGGCUGACGGUGUGGGACAUGGCGCCGCAGCUCGGCAUCAUCACCUUCUACAAUGCACAGAAGGUCCUUAUCCUUUCCUUGCUGACGCGUGAGGAGCGGCAGAGUGGGCUGCAGGUAUCCACGGUGGACAGCUUCCAGGGGAAGGAGAAGCGCAUCAUUCUGCUGAGCUGCGUGCGGACCGUGCAACGAUGGCAGCUGCUCGCCCAGCGCACUCACGCCACCUCCUGCACCAUUGCGGCAGCGGGAGAAGGAGAACGAAAUGGAAGCGGCCGACCCUUUAGCGGAUUCGAAGGGCCGACCUUUGAAGAGCGCGUCGAUAACCGUCGCGUCGGCCGCUUCGGCCUCGGCUUCCUCGCUGACGGGCACCGCCUGAACGUGGCGCUCACACGUGCACAGGACUUGUGUGUGUGCUUCGGCAGCCGCGACUCGCUCGAGGCGGUGGCCGAGGCGGUGAUGGCGGUCUGUCCCAGCUCGCGUUCCGGCAGCGCGCAUGACGUGACCACGGCUGACAGCGCUCCCGACGCCGUGGUGGAGCAGCUGAUCGCCGAUGAGGAGGACCCUCUUGCGCUCUAUUGCAUGCUGCGUCAUGCGGAGGAGCAUGACCGGUGCCUGCACCAGCCUGCCCAAACCUCCGUGGCGCUGGAAAGCCUCACGGAAUCGGUGGAAACUGUGGCGACCCCUGCGGAGCCGGCUGCGGCGUCGGCCUGUGUGUGCUUCCACGUGCAGACCCCGUUGAUGGAAGAGCUCACGAAGCGAGCCCGCGUGUCGGCGGAGACUCCGCAGUCCCACCCACCACGGGGAAAAGGAGGGGGGCAAUGA